CGAAAACAAUCGCGACAGUGUCAUGGCGACGUACGGCGUUAGUUUUGAGAGUUCGAGCAGCAUCGAAGAAAAUCGAGAAAACAAGAGGCAGGCGCGACAAGAGGCGCUAGAAAAGGCGAAGCAGAAGUAUGAAAAGGAAGAGAGGAAGAAGGAGCUGAAGAGGCUGAGAGGGGAGGACACAUGGAUUCUCCCCGAAGUCAACCAAAAACUGCAGCAGAUGCAGGAAGAGGGAUCUGCGAGGAAAAAGAAGAAGGAGAAAAAAUCCAAAAAGAAAAAGGAGAAGAAGAAAAUCAAGAAAGAAAAGAUGACAGAAGUAGGAGCUGGCUCGAGUGACAGUUCACAGGACUCAGAAGACGAGUGGGUUGAGGCUCAGACUCAGCCUGCAAAAGCCUGGCAGGUUACAGAGCAAUCUAAGACUUCAGAGAGCAGCUCCAGCCCAGCCCAGAGCGUCCAGAGAGACGAGUGGAUGACCUUUGACUUCCUGGCUAUGAAAACCACAUCCACUGCAGCGAGACGAGCUGAGAAAGAUCGACAGAAGGAGGCAGAGAGAGAGAAGGCUCAGGCUAUUGAGCAGGCUGGUUUGCACAAACUGGAGCUGAACCCUUACUGGAAAGAUGGAGGAACUGGUUUGCCCCCAGAAGAAACCGCUCAAACUGCAGUAAAAAAAGCUGCAGGUCCUGUGGUGAAUGAUGGUGGUCUGAGCUGGCUGAGAAAAAGUUAUCAGAGGAUGAAGGAGCAGGCAGAGAGAGAACAGCGCAGCCUCAGUGAUGUUGUAGCAGCGAGAUACGGGUCGAUGGAGGAAUUUCAGAAGAGGCUUGCGGAUGCUGAGGAAGCUGUUUAUGGUCAGAGACGAUCAGAUAGAGAGCGUUCAGGGAAAGGAGAGGACGAGGGCAGGGAGAGAUGGAGGAGAAGAGAGGAGGAUUGGCAAGAUCGAGAUCGGUGGAGGAAAGGUGAAAGAGACUCAUCGCCUCGGAGCGCUGAGAGAUACUGUGGCAGGAGAGCAGUGGAGAAGGAGCGGCAUCGAGGAAGAGAGGAGGAUAGGGAUGGAGACAGGGACAGGGACAGAGGAAAAGACAGAGAAAAUGACAAAGACAAGUCCAGAGAGCUAGAAAGUGACUGGCACAAGGAUAAAGACGGGGACAAAGAUAAGUUCAGUUCAGCAGCUGCGUCUUCUGGACAGAGCUGGAGUCAACGUUCACGCUCACUAAAAAGCCGUUUCCUCAAAACUUCAGAUGACGAUGACAGUGCUGGAGCACCUCAGCGUCCUGGUCCAGCUCAGACAUCCACACGAUUCCUGAAACCCAGCUCUGAUGAUGAGGACCACACCCCAAAGAACAACAGCAACCAAGCCUGGAAGAAAAGCAGUAUUUCUGCCCACAAACCCGAACACAUGGAAAAAGUGCCACAGGAAAGUCAGAGACCGGCAGAGCGUACUGUAACUGCUCCUCAAGUUGCUGCACCAUCGAGGACUGAGAGUGAAAGUGAGGCAGAGGAGGAGGAGGAAGAGGAGGAGAUCCCAUUACUGUCUGAGGAGGAGAUGAACAAACUUGGGUCUAAGCUGAUAAAGGCAGAGAUGAUGGGAAAUACGGCCUUGGUGGAGAAACUGAAAUCACAGCUGGAAGCAGCUCAAAAAGCCAAGGAGAACCACUCUGCCAGAGUGAAGAAACAUGAAACGGCUCAAUCUAAUCAGGGAGCUGGUCGCUCCAGUGAGGAUCAGGAGGUCUUGCUGUUCAGAACGGAUCAUUCAGGUCGGGCCUGGCCAGUCAAGGGUCCCUCGGGACCUCAGGAGCCCCAUGGAGGACGACGGAAGAAGAAAGCGAUUGAGACCCACGUUGACGGGCAGCGUGUUCGUUACUUCCAGAAUGAUGAUAAUGUUGGUCUGCAGGAGAUGGUGAGGAGGGAGAAGAUGAGCUCUGCCCAAGAUCAGAAUUCUCUUUACUCACGCAUGGCUUCAAAGAUGAUGGGAAAGACAGACGGCGACAACUACACGCUGGAUGACAUGUUUGUGUCAAGUGCAGCUCAACGGGAGGGUGAGGGGAGAGAGGAGGAGAGGAUGAGGAGCAGAGCCGUCGCUGAGAGUAGGAGGCUGGCUGCCUCCAUGGAUAAAUGCCAGCACUGUUUCAGCAGCCAGGAGCUUCAGAAGCAUCUGAUAGUGGCCAUAGGCAGCAAAGUCUAUCUGAGCCUACCUGCAGGCCUGUCGAUGACUGAAGGCCACUGUCUCAUCUGCCCUCUUCAGCAUCACUGCUCAGCCACGAGUCUGGAUGAGGACGUCUGGUCAGAGAUGAAGCUGUUUCGACAAGCUUUGGUGCGCAUGUUUGAGUCUCAGGAGCUGGACUGUGUGUUUAUGGAAACACACAUGAACCCCCGCAGAAGGCAACACAUGGUCCUCGAGUGUAUCCCACUACCGAAAGAGCUGGGUGACAUGGCGCCUAUAUACUUUAAGAAAGCAAUCAUGGAGUGUGAUGAGGAAUGGGCCAUGAACAAGAAGAUUGUUGACCUCUCUUCAAAAGACAUACGGAAAUCUGUCCCUCGAGGUCUGCCAUACUUUGCAGUGGAUUUUGGACUGCAGGGUGGGUUUGCUCAUGUUAUUGAGAAUGAACAGAAGUUUCCCCAUUACUUUGGCAAGGAAGUGGUUGGAGGAAUGAUGGACUUGGAGCCACGACGCUGGAGAAAGCCAAUCAGAGAAAAUUUUGAUGAUCAGAGGAAAAAAGUCCUCCAGUUUGCACAGUGGUGGAAGCCGUACGACUGUACGAAGACUGAGGGUUGACAGGAAACAAUGAGAGUUGUAGCCCAUGAGGAGCUAUAAGAAGUACAAGCUGUGCUGCUUGAG